AUGCCAGAGACGGGGGCAGACACCAAAUCGUUGCUGUCCAUUGUUGAAGCCGUCACGGACGGCAUCGUCGUAUGUUCGCCCGCAAAGGGUGCCGUCAAGCUGGCAAAGGAAGUCAUCGAGAUAGUCGAGAAAGUCCGCAAGAACCAGAAGGACUGCACCGAAUUGGCGCGGUACACGUGCAAGAUGAUGAUCGCCAUUGUCGAUGUCCUGAAGGGCAAGAAGGACGAUCAUAUACCUUCCCAGUUAAAGUUCUGUCUUCAAAGCGUGGCAAGCCAAACCGUCGUUAUCACGCUGCUUGAGGUCAAAUCCGGCCUGGAAUCGCUCAAGCUGCGAAAGGAUUUCAACUUCAAAUCCGCGAUCAAGGCUAUCUAUCGGCGACAAUACGUGGCGGAGCAAAUUUCGAGCUACAUCGCUCGGAUUGAUGUUGCCGUACGGAGCGAUAUCAGAAUCGUGGUGGGCGAUAUCCACUCCGUGGUACGCAACGUUCACUCCAUGGUGGGUGAUGUCCAUCUCGCAGUGAAAGGUGUGCACUCUGAGGUCGCCGGGAUCAGAGAAGACCUCCGAUCCUUCUGGAUAGCCGAUUUACACAUAGCGUCCACGUCUGCUCUGCCAGGAUCCAGCCUCAACAUAUCGUCUGCUGUCCCUGCCCCUCCUGCUCAAUUCUACGGGCGUGACGACGUCGUGGGCGAUGCGGUCAAUAAGUUGACCAAUGACACAAAGCACCACGUAGCGCUUCUGGGUACGGGCGGGGUCGGCGAGACAUCCGUCGCGCUCUCCGUCCUCGAUAACGCGGCUGUCAAAUCUUGA